AUGCCUUUAAUGAUGAAGGUGCGUGAAGGUGGAGAGAGCAGUGGAAGUAAAACGAGUGUUGGAGGAGUUGGAGCACCGGCAACGUUUAUCUUGGAGAUAGUCAAACAACUGGACAAACAACUGCCUAACUUGACAAAUGUAUUUCAAUUGGAAAGUGUUAAAGCAAGCGUGAAUGCAAAUUUGAGGCAAUUUCAUGCAAAUCAAGAGAUCAAUUCUAUUGCUUAUCCGUUUAUAGAUGCAUUUGGCGCAGAAGUCAGAUAUCGUGGGUCGUUGAAAGUCAGAAAGUAUUUGAUUGAACAACAAGGAUUUAAAGAAUUAAAUGAUAAAAAUCAAAAUAUUGAAGAAUUUGCCGUAAACUUUUUGUUCAAUACAGGUGUUGUCGAUGUCGUUCUAAUGGGAAUGACGCGAGAAAGAUAUGUCGAUUUCGGAAGAAAAAUGUUAAAAACGUUAUCAGAACAAAAAGAUAAAAAAAAUUAG